UAAUCAUUGCCGUCGUGUUAUUGUAUGUGAACAAUGUGUUUUACCUACGCAUUAAUUUAGUGCAAUUUAUUAUUGUUAUUACAAUUUAAUGGGUCUUUUGUUACUAUCCCAAUGGAUACAGAUAUUUUGAUUGAGAAUAAGGACUACUUAUAUGGUGAGGAUUUUCUCGAUCAGUUGUUGUCGAAUGACUACAAAUGGUCAUCUUUGUUGGAUGCGACUGACGCCUCACCGAGCGAGAUCCUGGCUGAUGCAGCGCCUAUCCUAGUACCGCCGAUAUCGCCAAUUUUGAGCAUAAAGUCAUCAGAAGGCAGUAGCAAUUCUGAUUCUGGCAGCGAGGAUGAUUCUAAAAACAGUUCCAGUGGCACAUCAGCUAGACAAUCAUCACAAUCACCUUUUGAUUGGACUAAUUUUAAUGAGGAACCUACUAAUAACUUGAAUCUUGAAGAUAUUGAACUGUUUCUACAAAAAACAGCUCCAAAUCCUGAUAACCCACCUUUACAUAAAGCACUUACAAAUGGAAAAUCUCCUGAAAGAAAUGGACCUGUCAUGGCUAUCGAAAAUGGUGUUAUUAAGGGCAUUAAAAUGGAGAUUGAAGACUGUGAUAGUGAAAUAAGGAACUCUUAUUCUAAGGUACACAAAGGUAACGGCUACCAUCAAAAUUCCUACUUCAAAGUGGUCAAUGAAAACACAAGCAAUCCUCCCAGCGACAAUAAGAUCUCGGUAAACGGUCAGAUUCAGUUGGUAGUGGAACAGAAGAAGGUGCCGAGUAUUUUAAAAAGGCAUUCCAGUGUGAACACGAAGCCAGCCAGUAUUAUAAUUCCGGCGGAGAGCACAACUGGUGGGAAGAUCGCCAUAUCGCCGCUGACACAAACCAAGUAUAAUGGUGCCAAGGAUAGUCAAGUUCAGGUAACUUCACCAAGAAGCAACCUCGUGAUCAAUCCAAAAAUGACGGUAUCCACCAAUGGUACUGCUCCACAGAUAGUACAAAACCAUGUGAUACCUCCAUAUGCUGAUAGUGAGGGUUCAAACAGUCCUACGAUAGAUAUGUCAAACUUCAGUGAAGCUGAGAUUCGGGCCAUCAAGAAGCAACAGAGGAUGAUUAAAAAUAGGGAAUCAGCAUGUCAAUCCCGGCAGAAAAAGAAAGAGUAUGUGACUGCGCUAGAACAGAAAUUGUUUGAAGCACAACAAGAGAUCGCCAGGUUACGACUGGAGAAUAAACUGCUGCGGGAUCAACUUGAAACAGGCGGGCGGAGUCGAAAGAUGCCGCGACUCGACGCCUCGCUUCUAAUACCCAAGAAGAACAUAGCUGUUAUAUUUGCUAUGGUGUUUAUGGUAUCGCUAAACUGGAAUGUUCUUGGGUGGAAUUCAAAGCCUUUUGUCGGGCCCCCCGCUCCACACAGGAGCACCAGGCAUUUACUAUGGUCAGAAGACACCGCUGUAGAUAUUGUAAAUGAUGAUAUAACAAACGGUACGUACGUAACGGACUGUCAGAAUGCGACAGUGAGAGCGACAGACUUCGUGAACAUCAAUCAGACUGAGAGCAUACGGAUAGCGGGCGAGCUGAAGCGAUGGAUUGGAGGCGGGAAGACGUUGAACUGGACCUACGAUGUACCACGGAAAAAACGACAGGCGUACCUGAAUGAAGAGAAGAUUGCUGGUGGUCUUCUAGAAAGCUACAGGCUUUUCAAUAAACUGCAUUUAGAAAACAACCUCAUGGACUUCCCAAGUUUAAGGAGUCAUGCGAAGACCGUCAAGGACAAGUCUCGUUUACGUCGCCUGAGAAGGAAUAAAGACAUAGACUUCGCAGAAAACGCUGUUAUAGAUUAUGAGACUCUUUACCGAAAACCUAUGAGAAAAUCCGUUAGUGAUUUUAAUAUGGAUGAUUUGGGGGAAUGGAAUGCCUUACUUGAAGCCUUACAUCGGCGGGACGACACAUUCUAUAUUGUAGGUUUUGGUAAAGGCGAGCAUUUAUUACUGCCAGCUGUCUCACAUAAUGUUACUAGACCACCGAAAAUGGCUCUCAUUUUGCCCGCUAGGAGUGGUAAUGAUUCUCUAAUGAACGAUCACGUAACGCUGAUGCAGAUCGAUUGCUCAGUUGUCAACACAACAUUAGUCAAGUUAAAAUCGGAUGCGCUGCCAGAAAGCUUAAGAAAACCAACCAAUGACCCAACAGUUCAACAAGAAGAGAAACGUGAGAAUACUUCAACCUACUACAAAACAAACAAUGAAAAUAUCGAUAUCAAUCUUCUACAAAAUGCUAGUAAUAGGAUAUCGAAUUAUUCAAAAAACCAAAAUGUGCCAAAUAAAGUAGACAUAGGCAAAGAUGACUUAUUUGCCCAGUACUUAUUUUCUAAGUACGAAAACUCUAAAGAUAGUCCAACUAAAAGGUCUCGUAGCAAAAAAACUGUCGAGAAAAAGAUUACAAUAACACCAUAAGUUCAACGUGACUAUAAUUUAAUAUUCAAUAUUUUUUAUCUAUGCUCAAAAGCCUGAUAAGUGGAACUAGCUUUCAAUCAAAAUGCUAUCGCUUCGUCAUUGAACCUGUUUCAUGUUGACUAUUGUCUAAUACGUCUUAACUAUGUAUAAUUCGUUUUUUAUUUAUGACAAUUUUUUUAUAUUUUAUUUUCGCGCUGCUAGAGGUGCUGAAGUAGCGUUAAGUUCAGGGUACUCGCAUAGAUCGAAAUAUGAUUGAUGGAAUUCAGUCUAAAAUAGCCUUUUGCGACAAUAGACGGCGAGCCUAAUGAGUAUAUUGGCCACACACCACAUACAAAUAAUUUAGUUAUGUCACACUUAAUUAUCAUCGCCAUCUUCUGUUCACCAAUAUCUUACGAAUAUAUGUUUAUAAAAUAAAUGAAAUAGAAUUUAUUAUAGAAUUUAUAUAGAUCUCAUUACGUCGAAACUACAACGUGUCGAAUUUUUAUUUGUGAAAAUUUGGGAUUAACUCAGAGAAGCGUAUUGUCGAAGUCCAUUGAUUAGGUGCUUUAAGGUACUUUGCAUUUCAAUUUGAUGCUUCGACUCCGCGCUAGUAUGAAUUGACCCUUAUCCGUAGAUAUAUAGAUAUGUCACAGAUUUAUUUAUAUUAUACUUAAUCCUAAGUAAAAAAAUGCAUAGAGAUAUAGUUUUUGACUAGCUUAGUUAAAUUAAGCCAGAUUGAAUAUACCUGCCUUGGCUGUGUGUGUGAUUGUAGAAAGAUUGUUAUAUAAUAUGCAAUAUUCCAUUUACUACUAGAUAUAGUAAUGUGUUUGUUCAAAUAGCAAUAUUAUAAAAUAUAAUGUAAUCACAACUAGUCUCAAGGUUUUUUAUCAAGAUGUAAUACGAUUAUGUGGCAAUUUUAAGACUUUUAUGAUUAUAAUCUGUCAGAAGUAGUCAGAAAUUUAAUUUUUACUAGAUUUUCAACUUUAUUACAAGAUGUUAAGGUUGCUGCAUAAGCAGGGCGAAGACUGCUGCCGGCCCUGCUACGAAAAGAGAAAUAGGGUUGUUUGAGUUUCAACAGUCCAUUAUUUUAAGUGUAAGAAGAAAAGUGAAAGAAUAGAAGUUGUACCUCAAUGUAAUUAUUUGUUGCCUAGUUUAUAAUUAUUUUCAUCAGUGUUUAUUGCUGACAAUGGAGAAUAAUUUGGGUUGAAUAAACUCCAGUUGCGUUUGUUUUUUAACCCGUGGUAUGCCGGAGCGCAGAUAUACGCGAGACACAAUGUGUUAUCUAUUGUGUCUCAUAUACCGGCAGACUAGCGGUUAAAUUCAUGUUACUUAAAUAACUAUCACUUGAUUAGCUAUAUUAUUUAGCAGUUGUAAUAUUUGUAACUAUCACAAAACUUAUAUAGCUUUUGUAUGUUGUUAUUUUUUUUUAAUAAUUAUGUUGAGUUUAUUUCGCGGGAUACUUAUAAUUUAUUCAUAUAUUUUAAGUUUUCUUAUACAUAAUUAAUUAUGCACGUUUUUGUAUAAAUACUGACUGUCACUAGUAUUGUUUUCUGUAAAUCAAAUAUUUAAGUUAUAUCUAAUAUCAUUUACUAAAUUAUACUUUAAAAUUUUAA